AAUGAUGCAGCAGUUUUUGAUGUUUAUGAUGCGGAUUUUUGCGAGUGUGGUCGGCGUCGUGUGCAGUGAGGAUCUUACCGGGCAGGCUGCACUGCGUCUAAUAUGUCUCGAUUUCCUCUGUGAGGGAUAGAAAGAGUUGUGUUAUAGGAAGCGGCAGUCUUCGCCGCAAUGUGGAUACUGCUUUGCUCGGGCUGUUAGAUAGCUGUCCGUAGGACGAUGCCCUGGUUACACUCCACAAAGCACUUCUUCGGCUUUCUUUUUUGCUGAUGCUGCAAUGUUACGGGAUGACUAGAGCGGCUGGUUUUAAUACAUUCAGCCCUCCACACUGCACCACAUGAUAUUUCAACAAGGGGCCAGGACACUGGACCAAAGAGAUUGUUUUCCGUUACCAGCCAUGAAGCCCAUAUCUCAUGCACGGAUAGCUGUAAACCGAUAUCCACAUUAAGGAGGGGUAGUCGGUACCCAGGAGGAGAGUUUUGCAUCGCUCCGAGGAUUGGUCGCAUUCCUGUCCCCCUUUGCUUGUCAGGUAAGGGUUCAAUCCCCCCUCCCCACACACAUACACUCCAAGUGAAGCCCUGCGGUUGCAGAGUACCUCCUCCUCCCCUCCUAUCUGAGUACUGCAGCUGUUUUUUUUCUCUCUCUAUAGCGAAAGCCACUCAGUGCCUAAUGCGAAGAUGUGAGAUCGGGGCUGCCUGAGAACUCUGUAGCGCUACAUGAGCUGCAGUCGUAUAGCCCCCCCCCCCCCAUCCCUCCAGCUUUAUUUUUAGUAUUCUUUUUGCCCACUUUUGUCAAGCUGAGUUCUGUUUUAUGUUAACAUUUGUGUUCCGCAGCACCUCGCCCCCGAGGUGAAGGGAAAGCGCCACGGAAUUUGCUGAAUUACCAAGAUCACUUGGAAACGUUUGAACCCCACAAUGUUCAAGUCAGGUCGAAAACCCAGCGCGACCCUUUAGGCCGGCCAGACCGAUCUCCCCACCCGCACUCCUUCCCUUGCCCCCCACCCUAUCCUCCACUCCACCACCCCCCCCCCCCCGCCCUCCACAGAGUUUGCCUCCGAAUGUCCGAUCGCCGGGGAGAAGCAGCCAGUGAUUCGGACCAAGCCAAAGCCUCCCAUCGCCUCGGUGCGCCUCUCUGAAGCAAGCCGGCCACCAGGAUGACUGUGAUCGCCGGCGACAACUUGGACGAAGCGUCGGCACUGCCCGGCCACCCUCAGGAUAGCUACCCACGGGACAACGACGACCAUGAGUGCUGCGAGCGAGUUGUCAUCAAUAUCUCGGGGCUGAGGUUCGAGACCCAGCUGAAGACCCUCGCCCAAUUUCCCAACACGCUGCUGGGCAACCCCAAAAAGAGGAUGCGCUACUUCGACCCUUUGCGCAACGAGUAUUUCUUCGACAGGAAUCGCCCCAGCUUCGAUGCCAUCCUCUACUACUACCAGUCGGGCGGCCGGCUCCGCAGACCGGUCAACGUGCCGCUGGAGAUGUUCUCGGAGGAGAUCAAGUUCUACGAGCUGGGCGAAGAAGCGAUGGAGAAAUUCCGCGAGGACGAGGGCUUCAUCCGGGAAGAGCAGCGGCCCUUGCCCGAGAACGAGUACCAACGCCAGGUGUGGCUGCUGUUCGAGCACCCGGAGAGUUCGGGACCGGCCCGGGGCAUCGCCAUCGUGUCGGUGAUGGUCAUCCUCAUCUCCAUCGUCAUCUUCUGCCUGGAGACUCUGCCCCAACUAAAAGACGACAGGAAACGCACAAUGCAGGUGGGCAACAGCACUAUGGCUUACAAGUCCAACAUCCUGACCGACCCCUUCUUCAUCGUGGAGACCCUGUGCAUUAUCUGGUUCUCCUUCGAGCUCAUCGUCCGCUUUUUCGCCUGCCCCAGCAAAGCGGAGUUUUUCAAGAACAUCAUGAACUUCAUCGAUAUUGUGGCCAUCAUUCCCUACUUCAUCACGCUGGGCACCGAGCUGGCGGAGGAGGAGGAGGGCAAUGUGAGCGGGGAGCAGGCCACCUCGCUGGCCAUCCUGCGAGUCAUCCGGCUUGUCCGGGUGUUCCGAAUCUUUAAGCUGUCCCGGCACUCGAAAGGCCUCCAGAUUCUGGGGCAGACUCUCAAAGCCAGUAUGAGGGAGCUGGGACUGCUCAUCUUUUUCCUCUUCAUCGGAGUCAUUCUAUUCUCCAGCGCUGUGUUUUUCGCAGAAGCCGACGACCCAGAGUCCCACUUCUCGAGCAUCCCGGACUCUUUCUGGUGGGCUGUGGUGUCAAUGACCACCGUGGGUUACGGGGACAUGUACCCGGUCACCAUCGGAGGCAAGAUCGUGGGAUCCCUGUGCGCCAUCGCCGGUGUCCUGACCAUCGCGCUGCCCGUGCCCGUUAUUGUGUCCAACUUCAACUACUUCUACCACCGGGAGACCGAGGGGGAGGAGCAGGCUCAGUACCUGCACGUUAGCUGCCCGAACAUCGCCUCGGACAGCGAACUGCGAAGCCGCAGCUCCUCCACCAUCAGCAAGUCGGAGUACAUGGAGAUCGAAGAGAACGUGAACAACAGCAUAGACAAUUUCAGGGAGGCAAAUCUCAGAACUGGCAACUGCACUGUAGUGAACCAAAACUGUGUGAACAAAAGCAAACUGCUGACAGAUGUUUAAACAUCUGCGGGCUCGGUGGCGGGAGCCACGCUUUCCAGAUACUGUUCCUUGUAUUGGCUUUGUUGACCUCGUUAAUGCGUUGUUGCAUUGCAGUUAUGCUAAGCGAAUUAAGCUUUCAGAAUUACGUGGAAGGUAUAUUUUCAUUUAUUUUUAAAUGGCUUUCUUUCUCCAACUGCGUGACGAGGGAGAUCUUUUUCCAGGUCCAUUCACGUGAGCAAACCUAAGGUACAUUCUUUAAAAAAACGAACUUCUUCUGAUAACUGCUCGCAAACCUUGAAUGGAAGUUUUUAACAGUUCAUUUACUAAUACCAAUGCAUGUGUUAAGGGACAAUUCUGCAAACUGCGCCGUGCAUCCAAACAAAGAUUGUGAACGAACAAAAACACCAGAUCCCGGAGUUUUGGUGAAACUUGCUAGCGCCUGCGGCUUUCCAACCACUGAUGAAUUUUUCAUUGCGAAAGGUGAUUGUUCAGGCCUGCUUAUAUUAAAAAAAAUAUACAUCGCCAUCCUUUAUUCUGGAGAACAAGUGACUGCUUUCUGACAUGGCAACGAAUCCGUUGAAAACAUUUCAGUGUUGCAAUUUUCAGAUAAUGGCAACCCAUGUCCUUCCAGGACUGAACUUUCAAAAGGCCCUUUUCCGAUAGGAUGUGAAAAGCAAAAUUCAAGACACAAACCCCUAAAAAAAAAACAGCAUGCCUUGAUAUUCAUCAUUCACUUUUGUCUGGCAUGCCUCGAACAUUACCUCAACCAACAGGAAACAAGUCUGCGUUUUAAAUUAUAUUUCUGGAGAGUUCUCAUUUGCUUUCACCAAAAGUGCAAUGGCUUAUUUCAUUUAUUAUUUCCAAGCACUCACGGCCUGAAUGCUAACUUGUAUGAGGUAGAGUAACUUUAGAUCAUAGCAUGUUCAACUACUUAACAUUAUGCCCUAUUCGGGAAUGGUAACAUGUAACCCACUAUAACUUAUGCAUGACGUUAGGUUACAAAAGAGAUUUGAACUGUAAGGAUUGAUUAUCGAGGGACCUGAUGAUUUUCCUGCAGAAUUUCAGGGAAAUGAGUUGGUUCACGUCCUAACAAUGCUCAAAAUAUCGUGCUAUCAGCCCAGUUACUUAACCGGGAAAAGGAAAACGUGAAAACAGGAUAGAUAAUGUAUAUACUUAUAUAUGACAUAAUUUAAUUUAAAUGGAACUAAUCACACUGAUAAGAAAGCAUGCCUUUGGUGCAUUUUAACAGAAUGUAAAUGUAAAAUAUAUGUAAAUGAUGCAUCCAAGCCAUUCAUUUCCCAAUUUAUCCUCAUUGAUAAAAUACUUUUAGUUUAAGCUUCCCUAUUCAUUAAGGCCGAAACUCAGUAAAUUACUUAGUUAGUUGUUAGUGCCUUUUAAAUCUUUCACUCCUGGACUGUUGGAAGUGCCUCCAUAUACAAAGAAUGAUUGAACGAGAUGACUCCCUAGAAACCUUUUUAAUCUGUUGCACAGUGAAAAUUUACCACCUCACUUCCACUUGACAGUCUGGGGCAGAAUUUUUUUUAAAAGUCUGUGAGCACUAAUGGACAGUUAUUUUGAUGAUAAGUUUGUGGAGACACAUUUCAGAUGGUUCUGAAGAUCUAAGCCAACCGGUGAGAGACAUAGGAAUACUACCCACCUCGGCAAGUGGACACUGCAGCUGCAGAAGUAUUUUUGGAACCUCUUUGAUGUCCCCAGCAAUUAAAGAUUUGAACAAAUUGUUACACUAAAAUACUAAAACAUGUUACCUUCUUCUCUUUCUGCCCACCUGCAUAAUCUGCAAUAUACCAAAAAGGAAAAUGAAGUUUCCUCAGCAGACUACCUCAGUUUUAGUUUGAUGAAAGGACUGUUUUAUUGUGUGGCUCCAAGCUGAGGGGAUUCUUUUCUUUUGGUUCUUCUGAAUUCACAUAGACAAUGAUUUAAGUGGAGGUUUAUCAUCAAGUUAUUUUCCUAUCAUCUUUUGUGGAGCCGUAUUUUCAAGUCAGUUUCAGUGCUUACAUAUGUUGCCAACAUCUCUAGUUUAGCUGGUCACUCUCCGUAGCCUAAUUGUAAUGCAGAAACUUGUCACAGCUCACUUUGACAUGCUACUUAAGCCCAGAAGCUCUCAAAGAUAUCAUGAAACAAUUACAUCAAUAUUUGGAGAACUGUAUGGCAAUUUCCCAAAGACCCGGAGAAACAAGCGUUACAUUUUUGUAAUUAAAAUCAUGCAACUCUUGAGCAGAGGAACCUACCUGGAUAUGGUUGUGUUUAUGGAAGACAUCACUUGUUGUCUAAGGAUAAUACAGACUGAAGCAACUGGAUGACACACAAUUAACUUCCAAAAGGAAUGAUGGGUUGAUUAUAAAUUGUACUUUCUUGAAAAUCUCAGGAAUGCAAAGGAGAAGGAUUUGACAAAGAAUGAAGCUACUCCAAUUUCAUGUGACUGAAUUAGUUGAGACAACUGAACUGAGAGUAUAAUUGAAAGUUGCGCCGAGGAAUUUUGAAUAACUCUUGAACUACGUUUGCUGUUGGCAACAGGGCAUUAACUUCUUCAUUUAGAAUAUGUAAACCACCCAUACUCUGGUUAUCCCGACCCUUCCACAUCACAUAAACCUUGAGGUAGGACAAAAUUUUCCCCUGUGUUAAAUGACUUUAAUACUGCACUUAAUAAACAGCAAUAAAUGAUCCAAUGCUGCAGAACUGCUUUGAUAAAAAUCUAUGUGGCUUCUGGCAGCUCAUGCUUACUUUAGCAAUUGAGUUUCUAGUUUUUGGGAAAUUGCACCUUAGGUUAACAUUUAUCUGCAUGUGAUUGAGAAGUGUGCUGCAUGCAGUUUUUUGAUAAUGAAGGUUCUGAAAACCAGUGGGAUGGGUUAGGGUUUGGUGAUGUUUAUUUAUAACCAAAACAGCUAAGUACAAGAUAUGGCUAGAGAGAAAAGCUGAUGUAAUAUAGGCAUGUCUUUCUGGUUAUAAAGUUUUGGUAAAUACUCCUAAUUCAGGGCCAGCUUGGCAAAGGUAUUGUAUAUAGGCCUGAAUGUACACAAGGCGGCUGGUUCUGAACAAAGUCAUGAAAGAGCCUCUUCUCUUUUUAUAAUAGAAUCAUUAAUAAUAUUAGUGAAAAUGAAGAAAUUCAAUAUAACAAGGACUGCUGUCUUGGUGUAACGUUUCAUUAAAUUAUUUUGCCCAGUUUAAAGUGGUUUGCACUGAAUAAUAUGCAUUAAAGUGACAUGAUUAAAACGAGGAACUCUGUCAUUUGUAUCUGAGGUAAAAUUUGCAUUCAUUUGGUCGAAGAAGUGAGUAAGAGAGAGAGAGAGUGGGAGACAAAAGUAUGAUUGUGAUGCUGCUGCACAAACUAUUGCUGAUGAGCACAUUUCAUUUCAGCUCAGCAAUAAAUGAUGGAGGCCUUCAGUUUUAAGUGUUGUUAAAAUUACAAUUUGAAUAUAUUUUCAGCCUUGAUCUGAUAUUUUAUACAUGUGAGGACAUAUAGGUUUUUUAUUCUCUUUAAUCAAACCUGUAAUAAGCCAGAUUUGCACCACAUGAAGUCAAGGUUUAUUUGGUGUGUUCCAGGUGCCACAUUAGAGGCUUUGCACCUAGUUUGAUAAGAUAAUAUUGGGCGUUGAAGCAGAGAAUAAAAAAAACUUAAUUCCUAAGUACUGUCAAACUUUCAUUUAGCAUAAAAAUGCACUUUAAAAUUCAGCACAAAUUGCCUUAACAGGUACAUUGAUCUUAAAAGUGAAAAGAGGUUCUGCAGCCUGUGUACCAUCAGGUCCAGGGCUUUCAAGUUUGAAUGGUUAUAGUAUUGCUAUUGUCAUUUACAAGUGAUAUCAUUUUGAAAACAAUUAUGUUGUCAGGCUUGUUUAUUUCCAGUUUAGGGAUGUCAUAAUACUUUGAUUCACCAAUAUAUUUUGAUUCAUAAAUCCGCAUAUUCAUAAUACAUUCAUUAAUAUUCCUCCAGAAGGACGAUAUAAAGAUCAUGGUAAUUCACUAUGUGAAUUAUAACAUGAAAGGAAAUGUCAUUCUGUCAAUUGUGAUGGGUUAUAUUUCUAAAGAAAUGGUAACUUUGACCAGAUUUGUUCCAAUUUUCGUAUAGAGAUUAUAGUUAGUUUGAAGUUGAAUAUUAUACUAUCAAAAAAUAUUAUGACAUCCCUGCUCAAUGGGAUAUAAUUGAUUCAAUUUUCUGAUUUACUAUUCAUUUGCUUGUUUACUGUCAUAAUCAUACCUAUAAUUUGGGUUUUUAAGGUAAUUGUUAUUUAAAAAUAUAGUUCCUUGCCCGAUGCAAUCUGCUCAAUGUAUUAAUCAUUUUAUCUUCCCCUUCAACCAAAUAACAAAUUAAAGAUGAAUUUCCAGGCUCUGAUUCAGCUAUGUCCUGACUGGUUAUUUUCAAUAAAGUCAUUAGUGUACAGCAUAUAUUGGCAAUGUAUGAUCUGAAACUAAUAGUGUGUGCAGUAUACUAAUAAUAUAUCAUUGGGCCACAUGCAAAAUUCAUUUGUAUCCAUUCAACCUUACAGCUGCUUUAAGUUCAUAUCAGUGAGAAAUUUUUUUUUGAAGCUGAGCUAGAUUUUAAUUUUUUUUAAUCUUUUAUGAAUGAAAUAGAUCAAGACUAUUGUGUGCAUAUUUCUACUGACUCUGACUUGUAAAUCUGAGUUAAUUAAAAUAAAUACUGUGUAAAAUAACAUGUUCUCUGGAAGUCAUCCCUUCCAAAACAAUGCAGGCUAGCACAGCACAGGGAGCUUUAUGUGGUGGAAGACCUGGGGCCUGAGCAAGCUUUGAUGUUCUUUUGUGUGAGUGAAAGACUACCAUAUUUUGCAGUCUCGGGUAAGGUUUUCAGUUUUAUUUUAUAAUAUUAUGGUGCUACUUGUGUGCAAGGAGUUGGUUUACAAAAUAUUUUUUUAAAGUUUCUUGAUCUUUACAUUUAUUUAAUUCAGAUGUUAAAUCAUUUACUCCUUUCACAUUAAAUGGUUUUGCACUGCAGAGGUAGUCGGAAUGAUAUCUGAAACAUAGAGAUCUCUUUACCCAAUUUUCCUGCCUUUCUGUCUUUUAGUGUCCAGCCUACACUUUCACUUGUCAGAUAUAUUUUUAAUUCUAUUAUAUGUCGCAAAUGUUUCAUUUGUCAUUGGUUGGGUAGGAAGUCAUUGCAACCAAUCCAUCUCCUCAGUGGU